CACAUUUUUUUUUUUGAAAUCGGUCUUCGAAUACAAAAUAAACAAAUAAAAUAUAAAAUUACUUUUUUAAAAACAUUCACAAAUGAAGAAAUUAAAAAACAUUUAAAAUGUUUACUAGUGUAUAUUUCUUCCUAAGUAGCUCCGACGAAAGUGAAUGUGAUGAAAGAGUUGAAAGAAAAUUGCUUCGAGAAAAAAGCGAUCCACUUUCAUUGCCAGAAAAUAUAUUUAUACAAAGAUUUCGACUUAACAAAGAAGCAUUCAGAUAUGUUCUUGAAAAAUUGAAACUUCCCUAUAAAACUGCCAAUGCAGUCCCGCCAAUACUCCAACUGGCUUGUACACUUUCUUUGCUCGGAAGUGGCGGCUAUCAUAAAAAAAUUGGCAGCGACUAUUUAUUUCCAUUAGCCCAGAGCACAAUGUCCAAAGCGUCGUCAAUAACUUUAGAGAAAAUGGAAGAUAUUUUAUGCUUUGAACAUAUCAAAUUCGACAUCGAAAACAAUUUCACAGCCUGCAAAGAAUUCUUUGCAAAAAAAUAUGCAUUACCAGGAGUUAUUGGAUGUGUAGAUUCUACACACAUUUCUCUUUCGAGACCGGUAAAAAACGAGAAGACGUACGUCAACAAGAAUGGAAUACAUAGCUUAAAUGCCAUGAUAAUUUGUGACCAUGAACUAAAAAUCAAUGCAAUUAACUGUCGCAAUGGGGGAACAGUAACUGAUGCAUUUGUAUGGACUCAUUGCGAUGAACGGGAAUACCUUGAGGAACAAUUUGUUUUAAACGAAAAUCAGGAUCAAGAUUGUUGGCUCCUAGGUGAUGCUGCUUAUUCACUGGAGCCUUGGUGUAUUACACCUUAUCGAAAUGCUGCACCUGGUUCACCAGAGGAACGUUUUAACAAAGUUCAUUCUGAAGCAUAUUCUAUAACACAAAAGACAAUAAAAAUAUUGAAAAACCGUUGGCAAAUUCUAUUGGGACAACAUGAGAAGCUAUCUAGAUAUGAUCCAGAAAGAAUGGCCAGAUUUAUAAAUGUUUGUGCUGCUUUGCAUAAUAUAUGUAUUAAGUUUAAGGUUCCAUUUUUAAACAAAGAAGUGAAGGAAUUGGAAGAAAUUACAGAAAUUGCAGAGGAACAAAAUAAUAACUACAUUGAAGUUGCCAAAGCAAUACGUGAUCAGAUUUGUUCAACUUUAAAAUAAAUUUGUUUAUUUUUGUAAAGUAUUAUUUAUUAUUUUUUGUUGUAAGAACACAUCGCAUUAGUAUCUAAUGUGAAGAGAAAAAUAUGUAUAAAUCUUUAUGUUUAUAAAAAUUGAAUUAUUAAAAUAUUGUUUCGCUAAA